ACAAAAUAAACAGAGCAGAAAAACGAUAAAAAUAGUUGCAUGGAAAUUACCUUGAAACCGAAACAAGAAGAAAUUAAAUUCUCUACUUCUGACACAUUAAAUGAGAAAAUAGACUGGACAGAAUCAUGGAUAGCCCAGCAGACGAGUUACGUGAUUUUUCUCUCCGCCUGUCAUAUGUUCUGGAUUUUAUAGGAGUGAAUGAGACGACAGUUAUGAUGAGGAGAAGAACGGGACUUAUAUUGGAAAGUCUAGGUACACUGCAACCUUAUGUCAUCAAUGAUGGUAAUUCCACAACAUUUAAAUUUGGUAGUCAAACAGAAGGAACUACUACAUUAGGACUUAAUUCUGAUUGUGAUACAUUAAUGUGCGACAACAGGUACAAUAUAAUACAAGUCUCGGGUCAAUGGGAGCAAGGUAAAAGAAACUUAAUGAUGCUUCGGGACAAUGUAGCACCAGGUUAUUGUAGACUUCAGUUGUUUAAGUCAGAUAUUCCUGAAGCAUGUGAAGAUUUACCUGAUGAUAACUUUGAAUAUGAUGAUGAAGGACGAGUUCUGAUGAAAAAUACUCGUGUCUGUAGUCUUCUUCCGGGAGAAAUACGACAUGGUCCGUCUUCAUCAAAUAAAAAUUUAAACAUGGAUCUUUUGAUUGGAUUCCCAUGUAAGAGCUGGCCAACGGAAGCUCUACCAUGGGUAACAAGAACUACGGAAGACCAAUGGCCUGGUAGGAAUCUCAAGUGUUUUGCUGUAAACAGUGGAUGUUUUGUCGUGCCUACUGGACACUGCUUGAGUGAAACUGAAAGACUAGAAUGGAGAAUAUCUACGUCUAUAGCAGAACGCUGCCUGAUGUUCAACAUGAAUAUUACACAGAUCAGAUGUUACGUUGUUCUAAAAAUGCUAAUGAAAAAAAUUCUAAAGGGAACUGUGACAAGCUAUCAAUGUAAAACUGUUUUAAUGCAUUUAGUUGAAAUAACAAACUCGGAACUAUGGAGAGAGGAAACUCUUAUUUCUUGUAUUAUAAUGAGUUUGCGACUUCUGCAAUUAUGCGUACUCAUAAAUAUUUGUCCGCAUUAUUUCAUUCCAGAAAAUAAUUUACUAGAUGGGCGAUUGAAUCUAGAAACGAGACAAAAUAUAGUGUUCAUAAUAGGAAAUAUAAUUGACAAUAUCCGUACCAAAAUAUUAGGUAUAAACAUAGAUGAUAUAGGUGAUCGGCUUAAUGCGGCUUAUUUUAUGUCUCCAAAAGAUGUUCGUCAGCGUGUAUACAGGGAGCUACAAUCUGAAUUGUAUUGCAACACUCAUGUAUCAUUUCUUCAAAUAGUAAAAGAUUCAGAUAAUCAUACUCAUAUUAUGAAUUGUGAUGAUAUGAAAGAUCGUAUUCGGAAGGUGUUGAAAUUCCGCCAGAACGGCAGCUGUUCUGAACGUGCUGCAGCCGAAAUGUUAACACCUUUACUAUGUACCACAUUAGGUACAAUGUUAGCAUCUGCUGACAUAUCACGUGGUCGGUGUAUUUCUGCAAAAUCAUUACAAUGGCUGUCGUUCGGUAUUGACUCUGAUGUUGCAUCCGGGCGUCUGAAACUAGCGUCUGUUUUAUUCUGUUCUGGAUGUGUAGGCAAGGCGUCAAUGAUUCUUAAUGAUGUGGAAGAAAGGUACGAUACAAGAGUUACUGUACCGAUAUGUUUUUGCAUGGGCACAUUUACUCGUCGUACCACAAGCAGCAGCGCAAUGUUUUCAGAAAACUGUUUCUUAUAUUAUGAUAACAAAACUACACUGAAUAUAAAUGUUGCCUUCGGGGUUGUAUUUACCAGAAAGGAGAUACAUUGUGUUCCCAAGGGUCUGAAGCAUGAAAUGUUCAGAUGUACUAAGGAAGAACGCCGGACCAGAAAUAAUGCCUUAGACUACUGGACAGAUUGGGCGGUUGUUGAUUCACUUCCAUACCUAUACUACCUACAGUAUAUGACAUAUAGAAGACUUGACAAUCGCGCUGGUCAGCAGAGAGCUCUAGGCAGACUGAUUCAUACGAUUGAUACAGAACCCAGCCUCUUCCACAGGGAAACAGCACUGAAUUUACUAGGUCAGUGUAUGGAGAUUGAGGAUAGAAUAAUGGACGCACUGACUUGUUACAGAAGGUCACUGAGCUGGAGAACCACCCAUAACGUCGCCAGAUGGCAUAUUGUUAAGCUGCUAUAUAGAUUUAUGUAAAAUUACAUUGUAUCCAGUAGCAUUAAAUUUUCUAUUCUGCUGAAUUAUUUUAUAAGCAGAAAUGAAUAUCAUGUGCACUUAACUGAAUUUGAGUACUAUCGUGAAAAGUAUUUGAUCUAAAAGAUCUCCUUACGAAAUUCUUUUACUUGAUUGGGGCAUUUGUAAGGUAAUGACAAACAAAUGCAAUAAGUUUACAGCCAUAGUUCUAAUGAAUAUCUUUUAAUUGAUAAAAAGAUCCUGUGGAAGCAUGGAACGCAAACAAGCAAUACAAUGUAAACUAUAAACUUUGCACAAUGUAUAUCAUUUUGAUAUUUUCUAAACUGUAUAUUUUGCGAUCUUUGAUUUUCAUAAACUUAAACACUGAAUGUAUUUUAAUAAAGCAAGAAUUAGA